UGAUCAGCGAUCCUAAUUCUUCACCAGCCGCUCUGCGAAACACCUGAUCAUCUGCUGCUGCUAUAUAUAGCUCGUUUUAUCCAUUUGCGAACCCUAGACUUGCGCUCUCCUACUCCUCGCCAAGCAAACAGCAGUUUACGCCCGUCGUCGUUAUUAUUUUAUUAGGAUCAAGCUGCACCCUUUUCUUGUCAUGGCGACCACAUUCUCUGAUCUCGGCACUGAAUCUGGUUUGAAGAGGCUGGAUGAGUACUUCCUUACUCGCAGUUAUGUCACUGGUUACCAAGCCUCUAAAGACGAUAUCACUAUUUAUGCUGCUCUUUCAAAGCCUCCAUCCAAAUUUGUGAAUGUGUCUCGGUGGUACGACCACAUCGAUGCACUUUUAAGGAUCUCCGGUGUUACUGCUGAAGGAAGUGGGGUCACUAUUAGUGGAUGUGCUCCCAUCACAGAAGAAGCUGUUGCAACUCCUCCUGUAAGCGACACAAAGUCUGCAGCUGCUGAAGAUGAUGAUGAUGAUGAUGAUGAUGAUGUGGAUCUGUUUGGUGAAGAGACUGAAGAGGAAAAGAAGGCUGCAGAAGAACGCGCAGCUGCUGUCAAGGCAUCCACUAAAAAGAAAGAGUCUGGAAAGUCAUCAGUGUUAUUGGAUGUGAAGCCAUGGGAUGACGAAACUGACAUGAAAAAACUUGAGGAAGCUGUACGAAGUGUUGAGAUGGAAGGCUUGCAUUGGGGAGCAUCCAAACUUGCGCCUGUUGGAUAUGGUAUCAAGAAGUUGCAGAUAAUGCUAACCAUUGUGGAUGACUUGGUCUCGGUUGACAGCCUCAUCGAGGAACAUCUUAUGUCUGAACCAAUUAAUGAGUAUGUUCAGAGCUGCGAUAUUGUGGCUUUCAAUAAAAUAUAAUCAGAGGAUCAGCAGGAUCAAUGAGAACACCAUUAUGAGCUUGGUGGGGAGAAUUAGAGUGUGAACAACCAAGGAGAUAGUAGAAGUAUAGAGUCUUAUGUUGUGGAUCGUGUUCCUGUUGGAAUCGGAUUUCUAUUAUUAAUUUUGUUGGCUAGACUUUCUUCCCUAGUCAUUGCUGAGAUCAGAUCUAUCUAGCUACAAAAUCUGGCAUACUAUCGAAUGCAGAAUGUCUUGUAUGGAUUUCUGCCGCUCAAGCUGUUAAAUUCUCUAUUUUUUUGAGUAGUUGUAUUAUUAAAACUUAUCUUCCAGAUUCUAUAUUUUCCUGCGGAUUGUUCCCCUGUUCUAA